CGGUGGAUGGGGCCGGGCGGCGCGGCUCCGACCAGCUGCAGCCGCACGCGGUGGAAGUGUACGUGACGGAUGAGGGCAGCGGCGACGGCCGCCGCGGCCACCCGCGGCCCGGCGGCAAGCGCAACCCCUGGUGGACCGUGCUGAGCCUGGGCAGUGUGUCAGUGAUGGCGCGGUCGCUGCGCCACCAGACGUCCGGCUGGCUGGAGAUGUCGCGCCGACGGCAGAUGAGCCACCGGCACUCGCCGCUGAACCCGCCGCAGCCGACGGCCGCCGACCAGCAGCUCUUCCAGGCCAUCGACAAGCGCAGCCUCGAGCUGGUGACGACCAGCCUCGACCGCGGAGCCAACGUCAACGCCGUCAACGGCUUCUUCGGCGAGUCGGCGCUGCACCAGGCGGCGCGCGUCAAAUGGCGACAGGGCGUGGAGCUGCUACUCGGACGCGGCGCCGACGCCAGCAUCGAGAACAAGUUCUUCCAGACGCCGCUGCACUUCACGGCGGUGGCCGGCUGCGCCGAGUGCCUGAGCGUGCUGCUGGCGCGGCGGCGCAGCGCCGUGUUCGUGCAGGACAUGCGCGGCUACUCGCCGCUGCACGACGCCGCGCUGGGCCACGAAGUGCGCUGCGUGCGCCAGCUGCUGGAGGCCGGCGCCGAGGUCAACUUACCCGACAACCAGGGCGAGACACCGCUGCACAAGUGCGCCAAGGCCGGCUCCAUACCGAACGCGGUGGCGCUGCUGAACGGCGGUGCCGACCUCAAGGCCAAGAACUCGGAGGGCGAGACGGCGCUGGCGAUGAUGCUGAGGAACAUCCCGAACGCGCUCGACAGCAUCCUCGACCACUGCCUGGUGCCGAACAAGCUGCCGAAGAACAACAAGAACUUCGAGAUCACCGUCAACUUCAAGCCGCUGAUCCGCGCCGACGCCAUGUGCCACACGGACAUGCUCCGGAACUUCAUUCGGAUCGGCGAGUCGGACGUUCUCAUCCACCCCGUGUGCCAGGCGUUCCUGGCGCUCAAGUGGCAUCGCGUGGUCAAACUCUUCGUGUUAAAACUGCUGUUCUACAUGGUGUUUGUGGUUGUGAGUACGUUCUUCAUCCUCAAUAAGUUCGUGUGGGAGAAAGAAAACCGGGUGAUCCACCCGGCGGCGAACGCGAGUGCCAACAACGUCAGUGAGGGCACGCAGUCCCCAGGUGCAUCUGGCGACAGUGAUAAGGAACGAACUUCUACGUUCACGGCCAAAAUCAUGGAGUGGGAAGCGGGCUUUUACUGGACGUCCGUGACCAUGGUUGCGAUUCUGGUGGUGCACGAGGUCCUCAACAUCAUCUCGUCCGCGUCCAACUACUUCACCAAUGCCGUGUCUUGUUUCAACUGGUUGUUGUUCCUCAUGUUCUUUGCCGUCAGCGCCAAGGGUGGCGGUGCCUGGCAGACACACAUGGCGGCUUUCUACGUGCUCUUCCUCUGGUCCAAAACCAUGCACAUGGUCGGACAGUUCCCCAGCUGCGGCAUCUACGUGAGCAUGUUCAUACGUGUCGCCAAUGUGUUCUGCAAGAUAUUCUUCGUCUACUUCAGUCUUCUCGUGGCGUUCUCCAUCAGCUUCCACCUGGCCUUCCGCACUGAGGGAGCGUUUUCCGAUCCGUUCAACUCGUUCAUGAAGACGCUGACCCUGAUGCUAGGAGAGGUGGACUAUGAGGCUCUCUUCCUGGACAAGACCCAGCCUCCGCUGCGCGGCACGAGUCACAUCAUAUUCUUCCUGUUCCUCGUCCUCGUUUCCAUCAUCCUGUCCAACCUGCUCGUGGCGCUGGCCGUCAACGACGUGCAGGGCCUUCGCCAGGGCGCCCACCUAGAGCGCCUCAAAAAGCAGUCACAACUCAUAUACAACACCGAACUGAUGACGGCCUUCAUGAAGUCGCUGUGCAGUUGCAAGUGGCUGCAGGUCGCCACACAACCCGUGCUGGACUCGAUCCAUUUGGACGUGCUCUCCAAGCGCGUGUUCCUCCUUCCCAACCAUCCGCAGAAGUCGCACCACUUGCAGAUCCUUGACUACAAGACCAAAAGCAUCCGCGAGCACAAGAUCAGCAAGGAGAUGUUGGAGCGGAUCUGGCGCGCGCUGCAGAACCAGGAGGGUCGCGAGGCGGGCUCCGGCGGCGGCUCCUGGGGCGGACGCCCGACGGCGCCGGCCGCCCCUGGUCGUCGCAACACCUCCCUCCGGUCUCCCGAGACCGACGGCAUGCUGCGGAUGCACCGCGGCCGCGAGGUCGCCGCGGCGCGCGCCGUCUCUUUCGAGGACAUCAAGGACCUGCUGAGCAACAUGGAGGCGCGGCUGUCGGCGCAGCUGCAGCGCCAGCUGGAUGAGUUUCGCCGGGAUGUGGGCGGGCGCAGCGGCCCCUGGCCUGAGGCCAAGGAGGGCGGCGGCUCGCAGCCUCUCCCCGGAGAGGCCGGCGACGAGCGAGAGCCGCAGGAGCAGCCCUGCUGAUGACACCUGCGCCCUCUGUUAUGGGGUGACCGCACUGGUCAGGCGAACAUGAGCGUGGUGCAGUGGGGUCGUGCGGCGAAAUGCUAGUCUACCGUCCCGGCGGAGCCACGCCGUCCACGUGACUCCUCGCCCCAGCAGUGAACGCGUCCGUUUGUUUUAGGUGUUCUGACAAUCGUUCAUGGCAGUGGACUGGCGGUCAGGGUUGUGACGAGAGGAGGAGACAGAAGGAUUGGGCAUUAGCACGCUUCGGACUGGUGCGUUGCAAUCCCAUUUCCCAGUGUAAACGAUCUCGCUUUGGAGUCGUUAAUGACGUGUAAUCACGUGCCCGUGCCUUGCGAAGCAUUCUAGCUGUGAGACGGUGCCUAUCGCUCUGCUUCUGGAGCCUCCGAACUCGUUUUCGAACAAAUAUAGGCCGGCAGGGGCUGAGGGAGUAGGGCCGGCGCCCUGUUGCGGUCCGGCGCUCGGUGGCGGCUUUUCAACAGAAACGCUGCUGUGGGUCUCGCUGAAAAGUCUCGCCUGCGUCCCACGUGAAGUGAAGAAAUGCAUGCUAGUCUGUGGUCUGCGUAUUUAUUGAAGUGCAUAAAUGUUUC